AUGGCGGCUGCGGCUGCGGCGCCCGGCGUGACGGAGCGCUACUUCACCCGCUGGUACAAACCCGGUAAAGUUGCAACAGCAGAAGCGCCGCGGAAGCUCUGUCUCGGGGCGGUGGCUCCCCGAGCGGCCUUUUCUCCGGGCUACUGGUUGGAGAUGGUGGGAUUUUUAUUUGAAAUUUAUGAAACCCCUCUUGAUUGCAAAAAAAACAAAACAAAACAAAACACCAAACAAAGCUCAGAGCGGUUUGCAAAAAGAUAAAAUAUGGAUCCGGCGCGAAGGAGGGUUUGCAACAGAGAUGGGGGUUGGGGGUCGAAUUUGCAGACAUUAUAAAGGGUCUGGUGGGGGUUUAUUUAAAAUUUAUGAAACCCCGCUUGAUUGGGGGGGAAAGCCCCUCCAAAGCAAAAAGACGAAACAAUAAAAUCGAGAAAAAAUGGUAAGCCCUGCUUUAAAGCAUGGAAAAGUUAAAAUACAAAAAUAGAUCAAAACUGCCUUGAUUGAAGCAUCUUGGGUAAAAGGUAAAGGGUCCCCUGACCAUUAGGUCCAGUCAUGGCUGACUCUCGGGUUGCGGCGCUCAUCUCGCUUUAUUGGCCGAGGGAGCUGGCGUACAGCUUCCGGGUCAUGUGGCCAGCAUGACUAAGCCGCUUCUGGCGAACCAGAGCAGCGCACGGAAAUGCCGUUUUCCUUCCCGCAGGAGCAGUACCUAUUUAUCUACUUGCACUUUGACGUGCUUUUGAACUGCUAGGUGGGCAGGAGCAGGGACUGAGCAAUGGAAGCUCACCCCGCCGCGGGGAUUCGAACCGCCGACCUUCUGAUCGGCAAGCCCUAGGCGCUGUGGUUUAACCCACAGCUCCACCCACGUCCUUUAGCAUCUGGAUAGGAUUGCCUUAAAGGGGGGUGUUUUUAAGCAGGCAGCAAAAAGGCUAUGCAGCAAAGAUGCCUGGCUCCAUCUCAACAGGCAGGGAGUUCCAAAGUUCAGGCACUGCCACACCAUAUGAUAGAGUUCCACUCCCAACAUCUGGAGGACUGAAAGUCCCCCAUCCCUGCUUUACAGGAUGCAUAGACACAUAUGCACACUAGUCCAGUAGUAACUGACUCACUCUCUGGUUUUCUAAGUCAUUUUGGGUUGCCUCGGGCAAGAGAAAGUGGCUAACAAAUUUAGUGAAUAGGAAUAGUAAUUUAUGUAAUUGGAACUGCAGCAGCACAUAGCCUUGGGCUGGCCUCAUCCAGACCCACCUCUUCCAAGGCCAAUCCCUUUUACUCUGAAAUGAAGACUUACAUUGUGAUCCCAUGAUUCCCAUUAUGUUACUGAUCCCAGGGCAGGUUGCAGCAUUAAAAACUAUAUAAGACGCCUAAUGCCCAUUCCGUGUUUGCAAGAACUUUAGUGUGGCAGUGACUACACUUUGGAACUCCCUGCUUAUUGAACUGAAGAACUUUUUGGCACCUAAGAGCAUUCCUUUUUGGGACUACCCAGAUGCUUACGAGGUUGCAGUAAUUUUAAUGUUUUAGUGUUUUAGCUUUUCUAUGUUUUAAAGUUCGGUUGUGAAUUUUUCUUGAUUUUACUGUUUUACCGUUGGUAAAUCGCUUUGAAGUUGUUGUUUUUUUUAACAAUCAUUUUCUAAUAAAUUAUACGUUUUAUAAAAUUAAAAGCAAAAGGUUUGCAACUGCAUUUCUUGCAAUUAAUCCCCUCUCAAGCCUUUCCACACUUCCUUGUUGUUGUUGUUGUUGUUGCCUCCCCUGCUAUAAGAAACAAAAACGGUCAGCUUCUUGGGCCAAGAAGUGUGUUUACAUAAUUUCAACAAAUUUCACCCAACCUCAUCUCUGCAUGUUUUUUUUUUGUUUUGUUUUGUCUGGAAAGUUACGGUACUUAUUUGAUGGUUAAUUCCCUCCUCCACAGAUGUCAAAGGUAAUCCAUGUGAGGACCAUUGCAUAUUGCAGCAUUCUAACAGGUAAGCCUUUUUGCAGCCCAUUUAUUUACAUGUUAACUUGGAACUGCUUUUGUGUUCAGUGGGGGGGGGGGGGUCACUCCAAGUAAGUGAGCACAUAAUUUGCUCAAUAGCUCUUGCUUAUUAAGAGAUUCUUGCCUCAACAUUGAGGCAGUUGAGAUUAGCUGCAGUCAGGCGCACAUCUAAGGGAUGGUGCAACUGAUCUACGUUGUAUUGUUUUAAAUAAGAUGUGCAUUAACUUACUUAUUCGCAGCCAGCGCUGGAUUGAGGCCUUUUAGGGCAAAAACUUGCUCUCAUGAACAAAAGUGAUAGGUUUACUACACAUAAGAAUUUUUGCAGCUUAAUUUAGCUGGAUACACCCUGUAACUUUAAAAUGUUUUCCUACCUAAUUUUUGUACUGGUUAUUUUUUUGUACUUUUGGAAAACUGUUUUGAGAAGGCUUCUGGCUUCGUCAAAGUAACUCAUCCAUAAUAAAGCGGGGCUUCCCAAAGUAACAUAAUUUACUGUAUUCAGCAAUUUCCCUAGCAGCUGGCUCUAGAGAAGUCCAAGCAGUUCAUUGUUCUAACCUCUUUUCUUGUAGAAUCUGUGUUGUCACUCUUGCAGAGGCUCAUCCCCUUCUUCAAAAAGGAAAAUCCAUUGAGAGGAUUAGUUACCAGAUCAGUGCCAACUGCAGCAGGCUGCAAAAUAAAGUUUCUGGGAAGUCUAAACGGGUAUGUCUCAUUCCAUUUUUUAACUUGGCUUUAGUGUGAUUGUCUAGUAAUAAUUCUUUUUUAAAAAAACACCAAUUCUGCUGGACUUAGAGGAGGAACAGUUUUUAAAAUAUUGUUAUCUGUAAGGGGCCUAUUGGUAUUUACAGAGGGGUUAACAUGAUAUAGACUAAAAUAGUAUGUGCCUAUUGUUGGCAAAUGUAUUUAUGAAGCUAUUUUGUGUGAAAGAAGCCCAUCUUCCCCCUUUUCCUAGUGACCUGCGCUGCUUGCUUCCUCUUGUGACUUAGGGGAGAUUAGAUUGCAUUAAGAAGAGGGUCUCUGCCUGGCAGUAUGAUCCAUCAUACUUGAAUUCCCUCCCAUAUUCUUGCUAGGAGAACAAGAGGGAGACCAGGCUGCCAGUUACUAAAUGCCAGUUCAGGUUUACUGAAACAGUCAGGGCCUAGAGCCUAGAGCCAACUUUUUCAGCAGGGGGCCGGUCCACUGUCCCUCAGACCUUGUGGGGGCUGGACUAUAUUUUGGGGAAAAAGGAAAAUGAACCAAUUCCUAUGCCCCACAAAUAACCCAGAGAUACAUUUUAAAUCAAAGGACACAUUCUACUCAUGUAAAAACACCAGGCAGGCCCCACAAAUAACCCAGAGAUUCAUUUUAAAUCAAAGGACACAUUCUACUCAUGUAAAAAUACGCUGAUUCCUGGACCGUCCAUGGGCCGGAUUUAGAAGGCGAUUGAGCCGGAUCGCGCCCCCGGGUCUUAAUUUGCCUACCCAUGCUCUAAACCUCCCUAUCUUCUCACAAAACCCUCUCCAAACCACAUCCUCCACCCGUCCUGCUCUGUUUCAACUUUACUUGUUUUGGCCUGGCUAGACUUUGUCCUUGAAAUGUGAUGAUGUCUUCUGCUUAUCUUGAGAGGGGUGUGUGUGAAAAUCUCUGAAUCUCUGGAGCCAGAAUGCAGCAUACUGUACAAGGAAUGAGACACAUCCAUUGCUGUUUUGUCUACUGUCUCCGCGAACCACAAGUUGCUUGCAGAGACCACAGAAGAGCCGCGCACCCCCCCCCCCCCCAUUUCUAAUCCUGGUGUCAAUUGACUUGGCCACCACUGUAAGCAUUUCUCUGAAGGAGAAGGGUGUCCUCAGCAAAAAUCAUGUUAUCAUUCCUCCCCAUCCCCAAGGCUUAAUGUCAGGUUACAAUAGAUGUAAGUUUAUACUGGCAACCUAAUGGGUUUCAUAAAGGACCCUGGAUCUGAACAUGGGUUUCCUGGCAUUCAGAAUCUAAUGCCUAUCAGUUUUGUCCACAUUAAGGAAGGAAACGGCAUCUUGCUUAAUUUAGAAGUUUUUUGUUCAGAACAAUAAAACAAGGUCCCUGGACUUUAACUGCUGGCAAUGAAAGCUGCCAGGCUCUUGGAGAGUUUCCUUUUCUCACAGUCUUAAUUUGUAUAACCUCUGUUUCUCCCCAGGGUGCUCAGUUCCUAACAGAACUUUCCCCUUUGUGCCGGGUUUUCUGCUCAGAUGGAGAAGAGUAUACCAUAUAUAGGUAAGCAGGAGAGUUUUGUUUACCUUGCGUUGCCUCUACCAUUCGAGAGUUUACUAAACUGGAAAUUCUUUGCAGCUGUAUAAGAGGGAGAUUGAUAGAGGUGAAUGAAAACAUUCUGGACAGUCCACCUCUGCUGCAAGCCAAGGUCAGAAUUUUAAGCUAGCUCUUAGCCCUUCUCUUCCUUCUGCAUUCUCUCUCUUACUUUUUGUCUCACUUCUCAUGUUUUCCCCUCUAGCCUUCCACAGAUGGGUACAUAGCAGUUGUAUUGCCAAAGUUUGAAGAAAGUAAAAGCAUAACUCAGGGACUAUUGACGAGGAAAGAAUACGAAGAUGUUUUGUCAAAACGCUUUAAUUCCGUUUCUUGA